AUGCCGCCGAAGUAUGCGCUGUCCGACUCUGAAGCUGAGGGUGAGGCACCCAGCACUCCCUCUGAUCAGAUUCUCGGGAAGACCCUUCGUGACCAAGUGGCUGCAAUCUUCAAGGCGGGAAAUUUGGAGGAAUUGACCGUGAAGCGCGUGCGACUUGCUGCGGAAAAUACACUAGGUCUCACAGCGGGGUACUUCAAGACUACAGGUGACUGGAAAGCGCGGAGUGAAGAUAUAAUCAAGGACGAGGUGGGAAUACAAGAUCAGGCAAUACUAGAUCCACAAUCACAAACCCCUUCUCCCUCGAAGGCCAAGCCUACUACCCUUGCGAAGCGAGCAAAAUCCGAGACCGCAACAAAGCCUAGGAAGCGCCAGAAGACUAAGAUGCCGGUAUCCGAUGAGGAAGAUGAGCUACCGGCCCCGCCAUCCGAGACUCAUGAGGUCACAAAGCCCAAGAAUCGAUCGAAGGCACCUAUAAAAAAGGCACCCGGGAAGAAGGUCUCUGUACAAAAACACAAGGACAUGUCAGACGCUUCUGAUUUCUCCGGUGAUGAGAGUGACGAUGUCACAAAGCCGAAUAAACGAUCGAGCACGCCAGUGACAAAGUCCCCUUUGAAGCAGUCGCCAGUGAAGAAGUCGCCAGCAAAGAAAGCCUCCGUACCAAAACCCACAAAAGAUGUAUCAGAUAUUCCCGAUGACGCUUUGAAUGCCACCAACCCGAACAAAGAUACCAAGGAUGAUUCGGAAAGCGAGAUGUCGGUGGUGCUUGACGAAGAGCCCCAGCCUAAGGCCCCACGCAAGCGACAGAAAAGUGCCGGAGAAACUGCAACCAAGACGAAGAAGAAAGCCACCAAAGCCACCAAAGCCAAGGAGGAGGAUAUUAGCCCGGACCAGGCUGAAAUCAAACGACUGCAAGGGUGGCUCGUCAAAUGCGGGAUCCGUAAGCUUUGGGGUAAAGAGCUGGCGCCAUAUGACACCCCUAACGCCAAAAUCAAGCAUCUCAAGGGGAUGCUUCAGGAUGCUGGAAUGACUGGCCGGCCAUCUCAAGAAAAGGCAAACCAGAUCCGCGAAGAACGGGAGCUGAAAGCGGAUUUAGAGCAGAUCCAGCAAGGCGCAAAACAAUGGGGUGCUGUGAGUGACGAGGAUAAUGAUGAGGAGGCGAAGCCUCGGCGUAGGCUGGGCCGGGGACGACAGUCGCUUGCGUUCUUAGAGAGUGAGGGCGAAGAGACUGAUUGA